GGUAGUUUAAAUGGAAAUGUGUGUUCAGCAAUGUUCAAAAGCAAAGUUGCUGAAACCAGGCGGUACCUUUUGCCACUUAUCGUUUCCCCUCGGUCAUAUUUGACUGUUACACUGGUUUGGCACUCGAACCACUGUUGAUAACAUCCUGGAGUAAAUUUUACAACGUGUUUCUCAUACAGGUCAGGUUGCUGUGAUGGCGGUGAAGCUGCAAGGCUUUGAGUUCUGGAAGACCACGCUAAGGGGGGCGCGUUACGUCGUUGCACCCAUGGUGGACCAGAGCGAACUGGCCUGGCGUCUACUGAGCCGUCGCCAUGGCGCCGAGCUGUGCUACACCCCCAUGCUGCACGCGCAGGUGUUUGUACGCGACGCCAACUACAGGAAAGACAACCUGUACAGCGAAGUCUGCCCCGAAGACAGGCCGCUUAUUACACAGUUCUGUGCCAACGACCCAGAGGUGUUUGUCCAGGCAUGUCUACUGGCUCAGGACUACUGUGAUGCUAUCGAUCUCAACCUGGGAUGCCCACAGAUGAUCGCCAAGAGAGGGCACUACGGAGUCUUCCUACAGGAUGAGUGGGAGCUGCUGGAGAAGAUGGUGAAGCUAGCCAAUGAGAAGAUCUCUGUUCCCAUCACCUGUAAGAUCCGUGUGUUUAACAAGAUGGAGGAGACUGUUCAGUACGCUCAGAUGCUGGAGAAGGCUGGCUGCCAGCUGCUGACCGUUCACGGUCGGACCAAGGACCAGAAAGGACCCGCGACAGGCAUCGCUAGCUGGGAACACAUCAAGGCUGUACGGAACGCUGUUAACAUCCCUGUGUUCGCUAACGGUAACAUCCAACACCUGAGUGAUGUGGAGCAGUGUAUGGAGGAGACUGGAGUACAGGGGGUGAUGAGUGCAGAGGGGAACCUCCAUAACCCAGCUCUGUUUGAGGGUCACAGCCCUCCUGUAUGGGAGAUGGCUGAGGAGUAUCUAGAGGUGGUCAGUCAGUACCCUCCCUGUACCCUGUCCUAUGUCCGAGCACACCUCUUCAAGCUCUGGCACCACACGCUGCAGAUCCACAAGGACCUGAGAGAGGAGCUGGCAAAGGUGAAGAACCUGCAGGGGCUGACAGAGGUCAGCAGACAACUCAGACUACGCUGCCAGGAGGAGAUAACCAAUGGAGGAGAGGAGGCGGGGCAGGUGGUUGGGCUGCCAUUCCCUCAUUGGAUCUGCCAGCCGUACGUCAGACCAGUGCCGAAGGCUCCGGUUGCUAACAGCAACGGUACGGAGGUGAAGGCAGGGUGUCACAAGAGGGCGUUGUCACAGGAGGACUCGGACGGGGCGUGCGAUGCCCUCUCCAAAAACAAACAGAAAAAGAAAGCCAGAAACCCCCACAAGAACUUCUGUCCGGAGCAGAAGCGUGAGUUAUUUUUCCUCGUAGUACUGCAGUUACCUAGACUCUCUAUCCAGUCUAAUUAAGCAAUACGGCCCUUAGCCGUGGGAUAUUGGCCACAUACCACACACCCCCAAGGUGCCUUAUUGCUGUUAUAAACUGGUUACCAACAUAAUUAGGGCAGUGAAACGAAAUGUUUUGUCACACCCGUGGUGUACGGUCUGAUAUACACCAGCUGUCAGCCAAUCAGCAUUCAGGGCUCGAACCACCCAGUGUAUGACAAAACAUGUGUUUUAACUGCUCUAAUUACGUUGGUAACCAGUUUAUAACAGCAAUAAGACGCCUCGGGGGAUCGUGGUAUAUGGCCAUUAUACCACGGCUAAGGGUUGUGUCCAGACACUCAGCGUAGCCGUGGCAUAUUGGUAUAUGUUUUGUCAUACCCGUGGUAUGCCACGGCUGUCAGCCAAUCAGCAUUCAGGGCUGGAACCACCCAGUUUAUAAUGCUACAGAAUCUACAGCGCCUCAGCCGACACAUAGUACAGUAGAUAACCUCUGUUUUACCCCCAUAGUACAGUAGAUAACCUCUGUUUUACCCCCAUAGUACAGUAGAUAACCUCUGUUUUACCCCCAUAGUACAG